CUCCUAAACGUAUUCAAUCAAGAACUCGAAGGUGGAAGAACAUACCCUCAGGAGGUGCCAAUGUCUUCAGACGACUUUUCAGCCUAUUUUCUCUCGUACGACCUCAUCGUGGGCAUUUUGAUUGAUGCAAGCAAACUAUCUCGACUCAGCGGAGACAGCAUUGAUGUUCCAGCCUCUGGACUGGCUCUCACUGCCAGCAUGGUUGCGGAGGUGCUCCACGUCGACGAACUUAGCACGACUUUUGAUAGGUCUCACGACUGGGAGAAGGUCUAUGCAUUCUCUUACUACAUCAAGCCAAAUUACCCUGGUCGUUCUUCUCAUCUUUGCAACGCGGGCUUCGUCGUUCCCCCUGCCACGCGAGGGCUAGGCCUCGGAGGCGUGGCGGGCAAAAGCUUCUUGUCGUAUGCGCCCCGAUGCGGUUACCGGGGCUCGGUUUUCAAUCUUGUCUACCAGACAAAUGAGGCAAGCGUGAAGAUCUGGGAGAGACUCGGAUUCGAGAAGGUAGGCAAGAUUCCCGAUGCGGGGAGGCUUAUAACGAGAGCCGAUGGGAAGGAGGACUACGUCGGUGCGUGGAUCAUCUACGGGGACUUUCAAAGGCUAGCCAUGGUCGAUGAACAGGCCCAGGAAAGGAUGGCGAAGGAGGCUUGCAAGGUGUCCAGCUCUCUCGAGACGUCCUAGACAUUCAUUCUUGACCGUAGCACUUCAUGUCGUAUAGCAUUGUUGUGUAUCAUCUCUCUUAUUUUUCUGAAGGGCAACAGCAACAGAUGAAAACAGCGCAAUUCUUGCCACCAGAAAUUUGAGAAAGACAAAUUGGCAAAAAAAUGAUUGUAUUUACUGCAAAAUUUUGGCAUC